UAGAUCAGAAAGCUUCGAUCCACCGGACGACACUGACAAUCAUUGUGCACGUCUGUAGAUAAGUGGUGCACCUGAACCUCUCAUAAAUAACUGGCCUUCGGGCUGGUCAAUAAAACCGAAUGGGGUAGAGCCGAGUUAUUAGGAAAUGAUCAAUUAGUCGCUCGGCACUUGAGCGUUUUCGUUGGUUCUUGAGGGCAUUCGAGACCGGCGACCAAAUGGAAGCACUACGUCGAUUUUUAAGAACGGAGACCCGUUGUCGCCUCUACGGGAUACGCACCAUAAUAUUGUUUGCCCUAUUUUUGGGUUUCUCGGUGGCUGCUGAGGUGCCGGAUUUGCUCACCCCCGAACCGGAUAUCACGAUAGACGAAUGCCACGAUGAGUUCACCAUUGCCUGUGCCAACGCCUCGCUGGUCUUCUCCGAUUCCUACGAUCUGUGCGAACUGAAUGCCAAUGAGACCAUCAUCAAUCUAGAGGUCGAUGUGGAACUGGAGCGACUCCAAAUCGAGUUGGGAUCCAGUGCGGUGUGCGGAAAUAUGCAAAUCUGCGACACAUUGGUUGACGAUCUGGAGUACUUUCAGUGCAUCAAUAAAAACGGAAUCCAUAACCUUGACAUUCUGACCGAAAUAAAUUACAAUGCCACGAGUGCGUAUACACGACUACACGAGGACUAUGAUGCAGUGCAUCGGGCGCUUUUGCUUUGCGGCCUCGAUGCCCAGAAAAAGUACUUGGAGGACAUAAGGCAGGCCCACAGAGAACUCACUCAAUGUCGAUCGGAAAUCGACGAGCUUAACAACGAGUAGUCGUCGCUUAUCUGUCACUAUACAAACAAAAUGAUUAAGGGUGAAUAAACACCAUCAUAUAAGCUAAAUCACUAUAGUUUACCAGGAAUCGAUAUUAUUUGCUGAUAAGAAUAUAACUUUUAGGAUUUGUUGAUUGCCUGAUCCGUCUUAGAUACAUUAAGUACA